UCUUCCUUGGUUUGACGAGAAACCAUUGCUAAUUUGCUACCCUUCCUUUACUUUUGCCCUUUUCCUCCAAAACCCGUCAUUCAUGAAUGUGCGAUUCAACACUCGUGAUGAAACUUCUAGACUCGGCCACUCAACGCACCCGCACGGCCCGGACGAGAAUUCCAGAGAAUUGAAUGCCGCCGCUGGCGCUUUGAGUUGGAGUCACACAUAUAUGCUUUAAUGUUCAUUCCAAAAAAUCGACCGAAAUCUGUGAUGGUACCCUUUUGGAAACUGCCAAAAAUUGACCCGUAACAAAUACGCCCAAAUCGACUUGCAAACUGCUGGUUAUUGAACCAAGAAGGGCCAAGCAAGAGGCAUUGAGCACUAAUUGUAGAGCUGGACUCAAGCCUUUAGAAAACGGUUUGGUCCAUCCUUUAAUUGUCCAGGCAAAUGAAGUCAGUCGUUAUUAUAGCUAGUUUGAUGAUUGUAUCAGUUUAGUUAUUAUAGAUCCAGUUCGAUUUCAUAAUGCACUGAGAAGUAUUUUCUUGUAUGAAGAGAGAUUGGGUUUGAUAUAGUUUGGUCCUCGUGGACCUAACCAACCAACUUGUUAGGCAAGAGGGCUGAAGGGUUUGGGUUGGUCAAGUAUAAACAUAAUCUACCGAAUUUACCUUUUGUUCAAACAUGCCAAAUUUAGGGAAUUUUGGUCUAGACCGACUUGAACCUAAUAACUAUUUCUCUUUGAUUCAAAUUCUAAUUAAUGAAUUCGAUGCAAACCAAAUCCACUUAUCUCAGGUUGAUCAUUUGGAAAAUCUUGAUUGGAUUAAUUUCACCAAAUUUGAUGAAUUCACUCUUCAUUGUUGAUAGGGUGAAAUAGAGUUUGAAUAAUUUCAUUGCCUUGAGCAUCACAUAACUAAUCUAAUCUUUCUCGUUAAAAAUUGAUGAUAGUCGUUAAGACGAGACACACAAAAAAAAAACAGUAUUUAUAAUUCUUACUCUAACUACUUUGCAUCAAUAAAUUCAAGAGAAUACGAAAUACUCUAAUCCACGGCUAAUAUUAAGUGGUGCCUCCACGCAGCCAAGAUUAACAUUGCAGUUAUAACCGCGCUUCUUCGCCGGAGUUAUCUUUUCUGAAGUUGCAGUUAAGUUUUCAUAUGCUUCAGUUAAGUCUUUUUUAAUUAAUUUCUGAAAACGCAGUUAAGUUGUUUCGGAUCCCUAAUUAAAAAAAAAAAAAUUCUCUCCCUCCUCCAUCUCUCGCUGUCAUGAGAGAUGACAUUUAAUUAAUUCACGAUUUGAUUUUUAAUUAAUCAAAUGUUAAAUUUUCCAGUGAGCUUUUCAGUUUUCUUUUCUCUUCUACACAGAUGCCUAAUCAAUGCACGCAACGCAAUUCAUUCCGUUUCUCCUCCCUUUCCCCUCUCUAUAUAAUCCUCCGCCUUCCUCCUCCACCCUGUUUUCGGCCUCAAUCAACAACGCACAACAGUUUCCCCCCUUUCGCAAAACUAGAAAACCCGGCAAAACCUCCCUUCUUCCUCCUCCUCCCUCUCACUUCUUCGCUUUCUGUUUGAAUUCUCUACUCAUGGCGAAGCGCGUCCUCGUCACCGGCGGCGCCGGCUACAUUGGGACUCACACCGUGCUCCAGUUGCUCUUAGGCGGUUACCGCGCCGUCGUCGUUGACAGCCUGGACAACUCCAAUCAACUCGCCCUCCGCCGAGUUCAGGAACUCGCCGGCAAGCACGCCGAGAAUCUGUCCUUCCACCAGGUCGACAUAAGGGACAAGCCUGCGCUGGAGAAGAUUUUUGCGGGGACAAAAUUCGAUGCUGUCAUCCACUUUGCUGGACUGAAAGCAGUGGGCGAGAGUGUUGAGAAACCCUUGUUGUAUUACAACAACAACGUCAUUGGAACGAUUACUUUGCUGGAAGUAAUGGCUGCCCAUGGAUGCAAGAAUCUUGUCUUCUCAUCAUCAGCCACAGUCUAUGGUUGGCCGAAGGAAGUCCCGUGUACAGAAGAAUUUCCAAUUAGUGCAAUGAACCCGUAUGGGCGUACCAAGCUUUUCAUCGAAGAUAUUUGUCGUGAUGUCUACCGCUCAGACCCUAAAUGGAAGAUAAUCUUGCUGAGGUAUUUCAAUCCAGUUGGCGCGCAUCCUAGUGGUAAGAUUGGUGAGGAUCCUAGUGGAGUCCCGAACAACCUCAUGCCCUUUGUGCAGCAAGUUGCUGUUGGCAGAAGACCUCAUCUAACCAUCUUUGGGACUGACUACAAGACCAAGGAUGGAACUGGGGUACGUGAUUACAUUCAUGUUGUUGAUUUGGCGGAUGGCCACAUUGCUGCAUUGCGUAAGCUGGACGCACCUGAUAUAGGUUGUGAGGUAUACAACUUAGGAACAGGGAAAGGAACAUCAGUGUUGGAGAUGGUUACAGCAUUUGAGAAGGCAUCCGGAAAGAAAAUCCCUCUAGUAAAAGCUGGACGGCGACCAGGCGAUGCUGAAAUAGUUUACGCAUCAACAGCGAAGGCAGAGCGCGAAUUGAAUUGGAAGGCCAAAUUUGGAAUUGAAGAAAUGUGCCGGGAUCAAUGGAACUGGGCCAGCAGGAACCCUUACGGCUACAGCUCACCAGACGCCCCCAACGGGACCAAGUAGAAACGGGGAAAGAAAGAUAACAAUCCUCACAGGUUUUUUUCCCCUUUAGGUACAACAACAGCACAGUAAAGAAGCAUAUGAUAUGGGUGUAGAUUCUUCCUCUUCUUACUAUUGAAUAAACAUCUUGCUGUGGGCUUCCAGCCUGCUUGCCCAGUAUUGAUAGUAGAAAAUUAGAUUGGCUUUUUUCUUCUUUUUCUUUUCCUCCUUUUUUUCUUCUUUUUUUUGGAUCUAUAGGAUAUGUGUAAAGAGGUUAAGGUUAAGGUUAGGGUUGGUCUUAUUUUGGUGUCUAAAUUGGUUAGCACGUUGUUCACAGAUUACAAGUAGAGAGAUGUUCUGCAAUCAAAUGUGUUCUGUAAAGCUGAUAGUUGUGUUCUGUAUGAGUGGUAAGAGAAUAAUGAAUUGUUAUUAUAUUUUAGAACAGAUUAACUAUUAUUUCUGUGCUGGUUUGGUUGUGUAUAAGUAUGAGAUUUGCUGGAGGAUAGCAAGUGUCCAGAAUUCAGUCAAUCAGUAGCAACGGUAGCACUGGCGGUGUUUUGAUUUCCUAAUCAUUGGGAUCGGUGGAUUAAUAGUUUAGUCCAGCAAUUGAGGAUUCUAAUGAGGGCAGAGAACGUGGGUUGUGUAUAUGGAGGUCAAAUCAAGUAUGUGACGAUAUUCCUACUCGUCUCAUGGCAGGUUGGAUAAUUUAUUAUGGACUGCAGGGCGUGGGCAGCUCAAUUCGUGGGUUUAAUAGACUUGAGUUAUUAUACAUUCAUUAGUAAUUAUAUAUUACAAUAAGAGAUCAUGAUUUGGGGGAAGUCUAUAAGACAAAUUUUAUAACGGAAUUACAUUUGUUCAAUAUAUGACUUACAACAAAAAACAUAAUGUAUAUUAAAAAAAUAUUUUGAAUCAUUAUGUAUGUGGUAUUUUCUUUUCAUAAUUUGAAUGCUCAAGACAAGGAAGAAUGGAUUUUGUCAUGAAUUGUAAUUAGACUUUGAGGUGGGCUAGGCAGUUAAUUGAUACAUAAUGAUAGAGUAAGCAUAGAACAUGUCCUUUACUCUAUAGUCUAUACCAUUCGCAUUAUGUACGAGUUAUGUUAACUAAACAAUGUUGGACACUUGGACUAAUUUGUUGCGAAUGGUGGGGAGAAGAGUGAUGUAAUAGAUCUUGCAUGAUUUGUGGCUAGUUCUUACUAUGAUACCCGAGUUGUUUACAAUCAAUUCACAAAACGCAAUUGAGACGAAAAAAGACACUGCUUAGUGCGUCAAUCGUACGGACUUAAGUCCUAAUAAAAACAAAUAUAUAAAAUGUCAGCGGAUUGAAACUUAAAACCCAUCUCCAUCUCAUUGAAAAAUUUAUCCAACUUUUUUCACUAAUGCCAUAAAAAGUUUCUUGUCCAUCUCUCUUUAGUUUUUGUUGAGUUCACAAGGUUAAACAAGUUACUCAUUUCUACAAAAAUACCAAGUCACUCAUUGGUAACUUUAAACUCGGAAAUUAGUUCGAAAUCCAAGGUAAACGAUAACAGUAACAAUGUUCAUCUAUAAUUAGGGAUGGCAAAUUACCCACCCAUGGGUAAUUAUACCCAAACCCAAGUAGACCCAUUAAUAAUGGGUUGGGUAUGGGUGAAGUGCAUAUGGAUUUGGGGCUUUAUAGAUGAGUUUGGGUUUGGGGCUUCCAUAAUCUAAAUGGGUAUGGGUUGGAUAUGGAUAUCCAUUUACUUGAGGGUGUUUUAACUACACAUGCAAAAAUUGGACAUAUUUGUAAAACUUGAAAAGUUUAGGUACCAAAAUGUAAGACCAAAAAUAUUUAGGUACCAAAACGUAAUUUUCCAUCGAUAUUUUGAGGACUUAUAUGCAAAAAAAUUAAAUUUAGGUACUAAAUAUGCAUGUCUAUUAAGUUUGUGUAUCAAAUGUAAUUUGUAUUUGGGCAUGGGUACAAACCCAAAUCCAUUUGAUAUAUACCCAACUCAACCCAAAGUAAAUGGGUAUGAGUACA